GCUCCGUGGCCCCGCGCCCUUCCGCUACCGGCGGAAGAGGCGAUGGCGGCCGCCCGGCUGCUGCUGGCGGCGCUGGGCGCGGCGCUGGGUCCCUUCGCCUCGGCGGGGAAGAUGAAGAUCGUGGAGGAGCCGAACACGUUCGGGCUGAACAACCCGUUCCUGCCCCAGCCCAGCCGGCUGCAGCCGAAGGUGGCCCCGUCCGCCCUGUCAGGCCCUGCACAUCUCUUUAGGCUUGCUGGCAAGUGUUUCAGUUUUGUGGAAUCUACGUACAAGUAUGAGUUUUGUCCUUUCCAUAAUGUCACUCAGCAUGAGCAGACUUUUCGAUGGAAUGCCUAUAGUGGGAUUUUGGGAAUCUGGCAUGAAUGGGAAAUUGAGAACAACACAUUUGUUGGAAUGUGGAUGAGGGAAGGAGACUCAUGUGAAACUAAGAGCAGACAGACAAAGGUUCACCUUGUUUGCGGAAAGAGCAAUAAAUUGGCUUAUGUGUCUGAGCCAAGUACUUGUGUUUACUCUCUGACAUUUGAGACUCCUCUUGUGUGCCAUCCUCACUCUCUUUUAGUUUAUCCAACUCUGACUGAAGCACUGCAAAGGAAGUGGGAUGAAGCAGAGCAGCUUCUGUAUGAUGAACUAGUAACUGACCAGGGAUACAAAAAAAUACUGAAAGAGAUUUUUGAGGAAGCAGGACUUCUAAAAGCAACAGAAGAAAAGGAAGUUGAGAAACACAGUAAGAAAACAAGUCUGGAAUUUGAAACAGUGGAGAAGUGCAGUAAGGAAUACAAGCUACUUUCUAAAGAAAUAAAAAAACUUAAAGAUUUAUUAAAUCAGCAUGGUAUUGCAUACAAAGGAAAUUCUGCUGAAAAUACCAGUGUUGAACAUGGAAGUCACAAGCUGGCAACUGCAGUGACAACUGUUCUUAAUGGCUCAAAGGAUGACGAGCACCUGCACGGUGAUACAGGAGUUUGGAAUGACACAGUAUGAAGAAAGUUGAGCAGUAAACAGCAAGUUCAUACGGAAUGUCAAGCAAGUUGAGUGUGUUUAUCGUGUCAGCAAGAUGAUUUACCUUCUGCAAAUAUGCUUGAGUUUCUGCCCCAAAGCCAAGGGAAGGUGACAGUGUUGAGGGUGUUAUAAACGAUAACAAUUAAAACUAUUUUAUUUUGGAUUC